CAUACUGGGAAUAAAGAUCUAUAGGGAUAGAUCGAGGAGACUUAUUGGACUAAAUCAAGAGACUUACAUAGAUAAGAUUCUCACAAAGUUCAAAAUGGAAAGCUCCAAAAGAGGGUUUAUUCCUAUGCAACAUGGCAUUAAACUUUGCAAGACUAUGUGCCCAUCGAGUUCAGAAGAGUUCAAGCGUAUGAAUAAUGUUCCUUAUGCUUCUGCAAUAGGAUCAAUCAUGUAUGCUAUGAUAUGUACUCGACCAGAUGUUGCAUUUGCUUUGAGUAUGUGCAGCAGAUACCAGUCCAAUCCAGGAGAUGCACACUGGAUAGCAGCGAAAAAUAUCCUCAAGUACUUAAGAAGGACAAAGGAUAAAUUUCUGGUAUAUGGCGGAGCUAAUGAGUUGUUUGUCACUGGAUACACUGAUGCAAGCUUCCAAACUGACAAAGAUGACUUCCGAUCCCAAUCUGGUUUCAUAUUUUGUCUGAAUGGAGGAGCUGUGAGCUGGAAGAGCUCCAAGCAGAGUUCAGUUGCAGAUUCUACAACAGAGGCUGAGUACAUAGCAGCAGCUGAAGCAGCAAAAGAGGCUGUUUGGAUUAAAAAGUUCGUUAGUGAACUGGGUGUAGUUCCUAGCAUUGAGAAUGGCAUCAAGUUGUAUUGUGACAAUGAAGGUGCUAUUGCUCAAUCCAAGGAACCUAGAUCUCACCAAAAAUCUAAACAUGUUGAAAGAAAAUUCCAUCUUAUUCGAGAUAUUGUUGGAAGACAGGAUGUAAUAAUAAGUAGAGUUGAUACCACGGAUAACAUAGCAGAUCCGUUGACUAAACCACUCCCUCAGCCGAAGCAUGAGAGUCAUACUAGGUCUAUGGGGCUUAAGCAUAUAGGAGAAUGUCUUUAGGUUGUUUACUUCAUGUUUACAAUUAUUAAGAAUUUUGUUUACCAUAUGUUUGGAAUGUUUAUCAAUAAUAUAAAUGGUUUGUUUCUUAUUUAAUUGCUUGGUUUAGUAUUAAAUAAAAUGUUCAUAUAAUUUGUGUUUUCAAUAGGACUAUUGGAAACGUUUCGAUAAUGGAACCCUAUAAGUGAACUGAAAUCACAAUUUAUAUAAUGUCCCUAAUCUAAAUCACUAAAUUGGACAUAAGUGGUUUAUUAAAGAUUAGCAUGUAAUUAAUUGAUAGCUCGGUUCCAUGGGCUAUGGAAACAUAGAGAUGUUUAAUCGAUUACAUGGAUGCAUACCUGAUGCAUUGAGACUUGACCUAAUCUGAUUCGAAAGGGCAGAAUCGAAUCCUUAUAUUUAGUGGAUUCCUUAGACAUGAGUAUGUCUUAAUCACUACGAAAUAAUUAGUUUAACCUUGACGCUGUUAAACGUCGUGCUGUAAAAGGAGGCUAUAAAGGCAGUGAUCAGGUGGGCUAAGAAUUGAGUGGGAGUUAUGGUCAUACAAGAAUGAAUAAGUCCUCCUAUGUGAUAGGAUUGGUGUGUAGGCCUCUUGAUGAGCGAGAAUUGAAAAUUGCAUGGCCAUGCGGAAUAAGAUUAAAUGGUUAAUCCUUAGUUGAACAAUUCGAACUCAGAGAUCAAGAAACAUAAUUUGAGAAAUAACACUGUGUUGUCAAAUUUCACAUUAAGUGGCUUAAGGAAUUUAUAAUUGUGCAAUUGUCUUCGGACAAGUGGGAGAUUGAAGGAAUAUGUCCGUAGACAUUUCCGACAAUUACUAAAUAUAAAUAUAUAGGAUAUUUAUGAAGAUAAUAAAGUUAAUUAUUAUUAGUAAUUAUAUUUGCUUGCUAGAGAAUAAAUAUAAUUGGUGGGUCAAUAAUAAUUGGACCACAACUAAUAUAAUUAAUCCUAUAAGGUCUUACAAAAGAAUCAAUUGAACGGUAAAUGACUCGGGCCCAUUAGGAGUAUGGGCUUGCGAUCCAAUUAGGUUAACAAAAGAAUCGGUUUCUUUUUGACCUAGGUUACUAGUAUUAUAUGAGGAUAUAAUGCUAGUAGUGGAGAAGUGGGGAUAAUGGGACGAUGGAUGUGAGUAUUAUAAAUAUGUUUAUUUAAA